AAAUCUCUAACUGUGAUAUUUUGAAACAGCGUCAACUUCAGUUGCUCUUGAGUCAGGACGAGCGGAAAGUAGUAAAGUAACGUACCAGUUGUUGACGGAUUUUUGUUAAAUGAAAAAAAUCUCACGGCCAAGACACAAGGAAUUGAAUAAUAUAAAUUAAGAACUUUGUGGGGAACUGUUGAAAGACCGUCCCUUUACGUAUUACUAAAAAUGGCUCCAACCAAAGUAUUGAAUGGCCAAAACAAACAGAACGCCACGGGCAUAGUAAUACGUAAAGGAAUCACAACUAGAAGUCACAAUUCACUAGCUAACACUAAGCACCUGUCAGUUGUGAAAGACCCAAGGAUCAAACGCAAAGCAGAUGCCUCUCCCUUGAAAGAAAAGACAACAAAAAGAUCAGCAUUAGGAAAUAUCACCAAUGCCAUUAGCAAAUCCUUGGGUACACAAGUCCACGAAGUAAAGAAGAUCACGAAGAAAGCAUCGACUCAAAAUAAGCCAUCCACGACUUCCCUACAGCCCUUAGGAAAGAUUUUAGCUAAGCCAGACAAUGUUGUGCCAAUCAAGCCAAAACCACCUGCACGUGUACCAGCCAAAAAAAAGGAAGAUGAUAAAGUGGAAAUCCCGGCUAAAAUAGCAAAUGCGAGGCGCAGUUUAGACUUGGAAAAGUCUGAAGAUAGUUCGCUGUACGUGAGUGCUUUGGAAGACGCUGACGAGAGUUUGAAAAAAUCAACACGAAGUAAUUCUAGGGUUGAUGCCAAAGAAGAUACUGUAGAAGAGCCGGAAGAGAAAGUGCAAGCUUCGCCCGAUCCAAAAGCAUCUGCUGUUUCUAUUGCAACUCGCCUAGAUGCUCCACCUACUGACAAAUUACCCGCUGGUGUACAGUGGGAUUUUGAUGCUGAAAAUUGGACUGAUCCUUACCAAGUUUCUUAUUAUGCAAUGGACACGUUUAAUUACCUCAAAAGUCGGGAGCCUUUGUUCCUGAUUGGCGAUUACAUGGAGAGACAAGUUUGUUUAUCUCGAUGGAUGAGAUCUUUACUUGUCGAUUGGAUGGUUGAGGUCCAAGAAUCCUUUGAAUUAAACCAUGAGACUUUGUAUCUAGCUGUUAAAUUAGUAGACUUGUACCUCACUAAGGUGACAGUUGGAAAAGAAACACUCCAACUUUUAGGUGCAGCAAGUUUAUUCAUCGCAAGCAAAUUUGACGAAAGAAUUCCGCCUAUGGUUGACGACUUUUUGUACAUCUGUGAUGGUGCAUACACACGUCGGGAACUAACUAGGAUGGAAAUUAACGUUUUAAAAAUAAUCGACUUCGACCUAGGCAUUCCGCUUUCUUACAGGUUCCUCAGAAGAUACGCCAGGUGUGCCAAAGUUUCUAUGCCCACUCUAACUCUGGCUCGUUACAUCUUGGAGUAUUCGUUGAUGGAUUAUGGAACAAUAAUGUACAGCGAUAGUAAAAUGGCAGCAGCUGCUCUAUUCAUUGCUUUGCAAAUGAAAGAUCUAGGUGGAUGGAAUGCAACCUUAGAAUACUAUACAGGACUCAAACUUGAGGAGAUUAAAGAAAUUGUGCUGGCGCUAAAUCAGGGGCUACAUCGGAAACCUAAAGAAGCAUUAGCAACAGUUCGCAACAAAUACAGCCAUAAGAUAUUUUUCGAAGUCGCUAAAGUGCCACUGAAAGAAGUAUUAGACAUAUAAUUAGACUUGUAAGUACCGUAUUAUUAGUAGUUAGAUACGGGGCUUGACUGGUUUUUUUU